AUGGAAAUGUUAGCAUUAAGAAACGAAGAAGCUAUCAAAGUGAAGUUCGAGAAAGAUAUCAAUUUCAAUACAUUCUAUAAGCCUUAUCAUGUUAGUACUAAUUCGGGUGCUACCGAAGAUGACGAAGAGUGUAUAGGCUUGAAGGUGGCAUUGUCAUGCAAAUAUCUAAUUUCGCAGAAUAAUUCUGAUACAGAAGAUGAAGUUGAGGACUUGGUGUUGUUAGAUAAACAAAGUCACGCAGUUUUGUUACCGAGAAAACCAGAAGUUGUAAUGUUGUUUUCUUCUUCUCCGCUUGUUGAUUCUAACCGCGAUUUAGCUGCAACGAAGCUGCAGAAAGUUUAUAAGAGUUACAGGAUUAGAAGAUAUCUAGCCGAUUUGGCUGUUGUUUGCGAGGAGCUCUGGUGGAAGGAUUCAGACUCUUCGGCUUUUCAAAGGUGUUUGAUUUCACAUUUCGAUUCUGAUAAAUCUGAAACCGCUAUUUCAAAAUGGGCAACAGCAAGAACAAUAGCUGCUAAGAUGGGAAGAGGAUUGUCCAAAGACGAUAAGGGGCAAAGAUUAGCUCGAAAACACUGGCUUGAAGCUAUUGAUCCUCGUCAUCGAUAUGGACACAACCUGCAUUUCUAUUAUGAUGUUUGGUUUCAAUGCCAAAGUUCUGAACCCUUUUUCUAUUGGUUGGAUAUCGGAGAUGGCAAAAAAGUAGAUAUCAACAAAUGUUCAAGGAAGAAAUUGCAGAGGCAAUGCAUAAAGUACCUUGGUCCUAUAGAAAGGGAAGCAUAUGAAGUAACUGUGGAAGGAGGGAAGCUUGUUUAUAAACAAAGCAAGAAUUUUGUACACACAACUGAGGGAUCUAAGUGGAUUUUUGUUCUUAGUUCAUCUCGAGUUUUGUAUGUUGGACAGAAGGAGAAAGGAAAAUUUCAACACUCAAGUUUUGUAGCUGGUGCCGCUACCAUUGCAUCUGGAAGAAUUGUUGCUCACAAUGGAGUACUUCAUGUUAUAUGGCCUUAUAGUGGUCAUUAUCGUCCAACCGAGAAGAAUUAUAUGGAGUUCAUUCACUUUUUGGAGGAACAUCAUGUGGAUAUGACAAAUGUAAAGAAACAUCCGGUUGAUGAUGAUAUUCCACCUCCUGUAAAACCUGUGGAUGAGGAGCUUCACUUUGAGCACAUAGAAAAUGUUGAAAAUAACAAGUCAAGCAAAUGGACAACUGGAGUUGCUCCUAAGAUUGGUUACGUGAGAGAGUUUCCAUCAAAACAUCAACUUCAAGCACUUGAAGAGCUCACUCCAACACCAAAAGCCAAUAGUGGAGCAUUUGAAGACAAAACUAUGAUUCCCUCUUUAAGGGCUAGUUCAGAAAUUCUUCUGUCACAUAGGCUUGAAAACAUGGAACUUAUCUAG